AUGGCGGCAGACAUGGACGAGAGAUAUGCCUUCAUAACGGAGUGGUACGACCCGAACGCGUCGCUCACCCGUCGCUACCAGCUCCUGUUCUAUGUGGCCGACAACACCGUAGAGAUGUUCGACCUCAAAAACCGCCGACUGUUUCUCAAACGCUCAAAGUGUCCGACCGUCCGAUUCUCGGACCUGUUCCUUGGCGCCGUGGUGAACGUCCACUCCCGCCAGCUCACCAUCGUCGACUUUGGAGACGAGUUUACGACCAAAAAACUCCGCUCCAAAAAGGAGAAGACGUUCGGGCUCAUCAAACCCGACUGCCUGGACAAAACGGGCGAGAUUUUGCAGCGGGUAAACCGAGAGGGCUUCAUCCUUACCCAACUCCAGAUGGUCCAGCUCACGGAGAAGGAAGCGGCAGAGUUUUACUGGGAACACGAGGGAAAGCCGUUCUUUUCAAAGCUGGUGGACUUCAUGACCCAAGGGACCUGUAGUAGCGUUUGA